AUGGGUAAAGGAAUCAAGAAGCACAUGAAGAGAGUCAAUGCGCCCUCACAUUGGAUGUUGAACAAAAUGGGCGGUCAAUAUGCGCCCAAAACGAGUAGCGGUCCACACAGGCUUAUCGAAAGUAUCCCCCUGGUAAUUCUGUUAAGAAACCGACUGAAGUAUGCCUUAACGUUUGAUGAAGUGAAAAUGAUAUUAAUCCAGAAAAUUGUAAAAGUGGACAACAAAAUAAGAACCGAUUGCACAUUCCCUGUUGGUCUUAUGGACGUUAUUCAUAUAACCAAGUCGAACGAAUAUUUUAGACUCCUGUACGACAUUAAAGGAAGAUUCGUCCCCCACCGAAUUACCAAUGAAGAGAGCAAAUAUAAAUUGUGCAAAGUGAAGAAAAUCAUUUUGAGAAAAGGACGAUUAUCCAUUGCCGUUACACAUGAUGGUAGGAGCAUUCCAUACAUCCACCCAGACGUUAAGGUGAAUGAUACGGUUCGAUUAGACUUAGAAACCGGAAAAGUACUGGAGCAUUUGAAAUUUCAAAUCGGCAGUAUGGUUAUGGUCACAGCUGGACACAGUGUUGGAAGAGUUGGUAUCAUUUCCUCCAUUGAUAAGAACAUUGGAACAUAUGAUAUUAUUCACGUAAAGGACUCCAGGGGAAAAAUAUUUGCCACUCGUUUGAGCAACGUGUUUGUCAUUGGAGAUAAUUCGAAGCCUUACAUCAGUUUACCCCGAGAGAAAGGAAUCAAGUUGGAUAUCAUUGAGGAGAGAAGGAAUAAGCUGAAGGCACAGAAUAACUAG